UGCCAUCAGUCGCUAGGUCGAAAAUUCAAUAUUAACCUCAACUGCUGCACCACACCAAUAACAUUAUUGCCUUUAUUCCCUCACAACACGAUUAUCGUAUCAGAAAGUUAGGGGUUUGGGUUUAUGGCUUAUUUGUUCGCUUCAGUUAGACUUUUUCCGGACUCAUGCAUGAAUCUUCUUUCACAUAUUAAAAGCGAAGAGUUUGUUGCAUUGCUUACUGAGCCAUAAUAAAUAGGGUUAGUGAUUUACUUAAGUUCUUUUUCCAGCAAUAGGUGUUCAUGUAGAAAUGUAUAGCUAGUAGUCUAAUUGUCCAUCUUCUUUUUAUUGUUAUGUGGAACAUUGACCUUUUAUAUUGACAUGGUAAUUAAACAGCUAACGGCGAUCCUUUUAUCUACAAAAGGAGUAUAUAACAGAUAAAGAAAGAAACCUGUUGACUAUCUUUGGAACAGAACAUAGCUGAUAACUAUUUUUAGCUCUCGGAAAUCCCUCCUAUCCAUUCCUUUAUUGUCAGUUACUUCUAAUGUUUUGUUACUGUAAAAAAAAACUUCUAGUGGUUUGCGGCGUUUCCUUUUGAUAUUUUUUUCCCCAUUUUGGUCCGUGCUACAUUAGGAAAGAAAUAAAAGAGGAAUUUUAAUUGGAACUUCAUUUCUGCGAAAUCUCUAUCUUCUGUUCUGGUCUUUCCGAAUUCAAUUUCGCUUUGCAUUGCUGUUUAUCUUCUCUCCUCUCCAUCCAAGGACUGUAAUGGGGAGUAGGCACCAUGAUGUUUUCUUGCUAGGGAAAAACAGAUUGAUACCAGGUUCUUGGUUCUUGUUAUUGGCAUGUGCCUUUACACCAAGCUGAAGUUUUCAGUGUUCAGCUGCCUUCCAAAGGUCAGAAUUGUAUCAAUGAAUUGUGUUUCGUGUUCCAUAUUUACUUACCUGGAUUUGAAAGAAUUUUUGUGGGUUACAAAUCACAGGCAAAUUUGCCACAUUGGUUGGAAUCACAUAAUUCAAUGAAAGGAAUUUUUUUGACUGUUUUAGCUUGAGGUCCAAUUUGGCACUAUUUUCAAGGAUUCAGUUUCUGUCGGAUUAUUGUUUGGUUAUUUGUACCACUUCAUCUAUUUUCUCAAAUAUGUUUUUUUACAUCAAAAUUAAGCUUGUAGUUUGUUUUCCAAGAAUACCAUAAAAGUGGGAAAGAUCAUCUGAAAGUCUUUCAAUCAUUGUUUGGUUAAGAAAACAAACAAGCUUGUAGCAAGAUUUAGAAUCUGAGGCAAUGGUCAUUUCUUGUCAAGCGCAGAUAUUGGCUAGAAAGACUGCAAAGAUUGGUCUCGAUCUGAUUCACUUGUUCAAGAAGGCAUCACAUGUGCUUAUGGGCUGCCUUUGCUCCAAAGGCACCAAAGAUCAUGCUGAUGCCACUUCCGAAAACAGAGAACCAUCAAGUAAGGAUGACCCUAAGACUGCAUCAGGUACGAAUGAUGGCAGCAAAGUCAUGCCAUAUGCUGGAGAGAAGGUGGUGGUAGCUUUUGAUGCUAGGUUCAGCAGUUGUAACAAUGCAGAGUUGAAAGGGCUCUCAGGUGAGCAUGUUGUUUCUGGGUGGCCAACUUGGCUUGCAUAUGUGGCGCCUAAAGCAGUAGAUGGCUGGUUGCCUCGACGAGCCGAUUCAUUCGAGAAAUUAGACAAGAUUGGACAAGGAACUUACAGUAUUGUGUAUAAAGCCCGAGAUCUUGAAACAGGGAAGAUUGUUGCACUAAAGAAGGUGCGGUUCGUCAACAUGGAUCCUGAAAGUGUUCGCUUUAUGGCUAGAGAAAUCCAUAUUCUUCGGAGACUGGAUCAUCCAAAUAUCAUAAAGCUUGAAGGAAUUGUAACAUCUCGUGUGUCGCAGAGCCUGUAUCUGGUUUUCGAAUACAUGGAGCAUGACCUUUCCGGUCUUAUUGCAAGUCCAGGCCUCAAACUCACCGAGUCACAGAUAAAGUGCUUCGUUCAGCAGCUGCUUCAUGGCCUUGAUCAUUGUCACAAAAAUGGAGUUCUGCAUCGAGACAUCAAAGGAUCGAACCUCUUGAUUGACAGCAAUGGGGUACUGAAGAUUGCAGACUUUGGCCUGGCAACAUCUUUCGACCCUGACAAUCCAAAACCACUAACUAGCCGUGUUGUGACAUUGUGGUACAGACCACCAGAGCUUUUACUUGGUUCCACAGAGUAUAGUGUCGCUGUGGAUAUGUGGAGUACAGGGUGUAUUGUGGCAGAACUCUUUGCUGGCAAACCAAUCAUGCCAGGAAGAACCGAGGUGGAGCAAAUUCACAAGAUCUUUAAGCUCUGUGGGUCGCCGAUGGAUGAUUAUUGCAAGAAAUCAAAGGUGCCAGAAACAGCGAUGUUCAAGCCUCAGCAGCAAUAUAGGCGGUGUGUUGCUGAGACUUUCAAAGAUUUUCCUCCUUCCACUGUAGUUCUCAUAGACUCCUUGCUUUCGUUAGAACCAGAAGUUCGUGGAACAGCUUCCUCAGCUCUUCAGAGUGAUUUUUUUAAAACAGAGCCACUUGCUUGUGACCCUUCAAGUCUACCGAAAUUUCCAGCAAGCAAGGAGUAUGAUGUUAGACUCAGGCAAGAGGAAGAGAGGAGGCAAAGAAAGGCAGCUCUUGGUGGACGAGGAGCUGAAUGUUCCAAUCCAGGAAAUGAAAAUCAUGUAACCAGUCGUGCUGUCAAUGGUGCUGCUGAAUCGAAGGAACACGCGCAUGCCAGUUCAAAGAGCAGCAGCGUGAAGUUCUACCCCGAGGAUAGCGUGCCCGGUUUCCGGGUGGAGCCACGCCCGUCGCCAACCACGGUGCAGGUUCCUGGAUUUGGCUCUACAUGGAACAUGGGAGGUUACACAGAUCAUCCAACGACGCCUGGUUGUGCCUGCAGUUCUGUUCAUGUCGCAAAUUCCUCUGCCUCGAGGACAAAGGCAUCAUCGCAUUCACAUAUACCACAGUUUUGCACGACAGAUCUGAGGAAUGCAGUUGAGGUUACAUAUCAGAAUCAGCCACCUGAUAGGCCUGCAUCAUCUCACAACAAGAACCCCCUAGAGGUGCAGGACGCUAUGAUCAGUGUGCUACUGCUAAGGGAAGUAUUGAGGAUUUAUAUUCUUUCAUCUCACAUGGCUCGCACCAUUGCCUUUCUGUGGUCAGAACCAUGGAAGGAAGCUCAGGAGGAUCCACCACUCGGGGCCAUUGGUGCCGCCGGGAGGGAAUAUCGAGGACAUGCUCAAGGAGCACGAGAGGCACAUCCAAGAGGCGGUGCGCAAGGCACGGCUCGGCAAGACGAGCAGGUAGCGAGCAGCUGAAAAGGUCGUACGGGAGCUCUGCGAACAUGGACCGGAUUUCAGAGGUGUCAGCGCCACAUUCGUCUGCAAAGCUGCCGUUUCACGUUGCUGCAGGUCCCCGUGCAUAGAGUUUUAGCAUGCAACCGUGUGUUCUCAUAUACUCCCUCCGUUCCAAAAUAGGUGACUCAACUUUGUAAAUGGAGGUAGUACAAAGUUGGGUCAUCUAUUUUGAAACGGAGGGAGUAGGAUAUUGGGGUGUUUAUAUACUUUAUAAACUGAAAAUUCGCAGGGCAUGACUGAAUUUAUAGAUCUCUCUGCUCUUUUUCCUUCUUAGUGUAUUUUUUAUGAUAACUCCUUGUUAGUGUAUAUAGUACCUGAACCUAGAGUUUCAUCAGGGUUUGGUACACUUGAAUUAUGAGCCGUUCUUGCUUAGACA